AUGGCGGAUUCACCGGAAAAGGUCUCCAUCACAAUAUGCGGGGAUGGUGGAUGCGGAAAAUCCUCCAUCACCCUGCGGCUGGUACGCAGUCAAUGGAUCCAUGAAUAUGAUCCUACAAUCGAGGAUUCGUAUUCAGUAACGCGCGUGGUCGAUGGCUCCCCCUACUUCCUGUCCAUCACCGAUACCGCCGGUCAGGAGGAGUAUCGCGGACUGUGGGCGGCUUCCAAUCUAAAAUCGGACGCCUUUCUGCUCGUCUACGACAUCACCAGCCAGUCCAGUCUGGGCGCCUUGGACUAUUUCAUGGACAUGAUCGAGAUGGAGACCGAACAGCGCGCGGAGGACAACGAUCGGCUGAGAAAGGAGUUGGGGGCGAGUGCCGAGGGCCUGGAUGUCGGAAUGCCACCACCGGUCAAGAUUGUGGCCGGGAACAAGUGCGAUCUGAAGAACAGCCGGGUCAUCGGGGCGCGCGAAGGCCUGGAAUAUGCCCGAAAGCAUGGUUGUGGGUUUAUGGAGACCAGCGCCAGGGAAAUGGUCAAUAUUGAAGAAACUUUUGCCCUCCUGGUCCGUCGGGUGGUCGAAGCCCGCCGAGUACACUAUCAAAGGAGUCCUCCGACAGCGGCUCCUGCUCAGGUCGGAGGAUCGUCCUCAGCUGCGACAGCUCCUGUUGAAGCGGAUGUCAGCAAGGAACCCACAGGAACGCCAUCGAAGCGCUCGUCACAACGUCAGAGUGGUUUACGCGGGCUCUUCAAGGGAGGGAAACAGGGCCGUCAGAGUCCAGACCAGUCAGACAAGCUUAAACCAGACACGCCACUUUCAGGGCAUGAGAAGCGACCGGAGCCUGCAACGCCCAAAAUAUGGAAGCGUCUGUGGUGUUGCUAA